AUGUCAAUAACUUCAAUAUCUGAUCUAAUAUCGUACAAAAGGGAUGAAGCGAUUACUGCUGCUGCUCUGUCUGAGACUCCAUAUCUGUCACAAGUAUUUAUUAAGAAUGUGCCACUUUAUGUACAGUAUUCAAAUGAAAAUGAAAUUAAAAAAAAUAUAUUUACACCAAGAUCACUGACGAAACGACCUUUGAAUCUCAACGACAUAGUUGAUGCAUUACACAUUAUUUUUUUUCCACCGGAAGAUCCAAAUAACGAAAUAACAGACGAAGAUUCUGGUGAUGAAGAAUUUGUGACAUUACAUAAUCUCCCAGAUUCCCAGCUAAGAGCUCCAGCAGAGAUUACUUAUGAUGAUAUUUUUUCAGACCGUGACGAUUCUGAAAAUGUUUUAUCUUUGCCUGUGUUAGCAAAAAGAACACGCAAUGCCAAUGAAUGCUUGCCAGAAGAUUUGAAUCAACAGAUAUCUUCUACUUCUUGCUCUACUCCAUCUAUAAGCUGUUCAUCCUCCAUCUAUAAGCUGUUCAUCGAGGAACGUCACUCCUAG